CCAGCAGCCCGUCGAAGUCGCUCGCUGCGUUACCGACGGCGUCCAAAUGUCAAAAAGUGAAUAAUGGCGUCUAAUUUCAGUGUGUCCGUUGUUUUAUGCUGCGUUCCCUGUUGAUUUCAGAUGUCUCACCGUUGGCCCCGCGUCAUUUUUCGUGUUUACGUUCGAACAUUGCCUAAGUGAGAGCCCACUUUGGGGCAGGCACCGCGCUCAACUUCAGUCGAGGCUUGAUUCGGCAGGAUGUCGGAGGGAGGGAGCGGGCCGGAGGCCCAGCCCGGCAGCCCCGCCGACAAGGCCCCCGCGAGAGUGCUGGUGAGCGAGUCGGAGAUGGGGGCCCUCAGCCCUGCGGAGUGGUGCGGCCGGUGGAGGCAGCAGGACGCGUACAUCGCGGCCCUGGAACGGCGCCUGGCCCAGCAGGAAGGCGAACUAGAGGACCUGCGCCAGACCACGGACAAGACACGAAACCAACUCAACGAGUCCCAGCAACGGGAACGGGUGUUGAUGAGGCGCUUGACUGCCAAAGAGCAGGAGACGCAGGACUACGUGUGCCAAUUGAACGAGCUGAAAAGUGCCCAAGCCCCCUCGGCCCUCCGUUCAACCCUGCUCGAUCCUGCCGUGAACUGCAUCCUUCAGCAGCUAAAAACCGAGCUCCAAUCGACCCGUUCCGAGCUUGAGGACACCAAGAACGAGCUAACGGCGUGGAAAUUCACCCCCGACUCGAACACGGGCAAACGCCUGAUGGCGAAAUGCCGCCUCCUGUACCAGGAGAACGAGGAACUCGGCAAAAUCACGAGCUCGGGCCGCAUCGCGAAGCUCGAGAGCGACCUGGCGCUGCAGAAGAGCUUCUCCGAGGAGGUCAGACAGAGCCAGAACGAGCUGGACGCGUUCCUGGCCGACCUGGACGAGGACGUCGAGGGCAUGCAGAGCACGAUCCUGUUCCUCCAGACGGAGCUGCGCAAGACGAAAGAGAGCGCCCAAGUGCUGCAGAAGGAGAACAGUACGCUCAAGCUGGCCAAUGGGCGGUCGAACGGUGACAGUGUGUGUGAACAGGAACGGACGGACUCGGACUCCGAGGCGGAGAGGACUACUUGUGUGAAACGCGUGCGAAGGUCGUCCGUCCUCAGUAUCGACUAUAACGAGGACGACGCCCUCGUCAUCAGCACGAACGGUGACGUCGCGAUGGCCUCCGACCCAGAAUAGUGAGCUGAGAUUAACCCAACUAUUACGCAUAUAAACUGACGAACAGUAUAUUCAAUUGUACAUAGAAAUAUACUAGCCUAAUGUGGUUGUUUCGAAUUGUGACUUCAAUCAUUACUAAAUUGUGUUGAUCACUGCGGUGCAGUUGCAGAAUUUUUUCUAUUAGUUUUGGCAACAAUGCAAUAUUUUAUUACUUUCCCCCAUUCAAGGUGUUAUCAAGGUGCGCUUUUUUAUCCAUUGUUCGCAUUUUAUUCAUUCGACCGACUCUGUUUUAAAUUUGUCAGAUUGUAUCAUUUUUUAACGUUUUUAUGUUGAAAGUUGUAUUUAUAAAAUAAAACAAAAAUUAUAUCACUUAUUAUUGA